UAACAAUUUGAUUUGGAAAUACUACGUAAUUCCCAAUUUCUAAAUCUUAAUCCAGUCCUUUUACUAAAAAAAAUUCUUAAUCCAGACCAUGAGACCAAAUGAAAGGAAGAAAAAGUUCCCGCUGUCCGCCUAUCCCUCCGCACGGCCGCGGGCCGCUCAUCGGAAAUCGGCGAGCCCGUGACUCCGAGUCGCAAGGUUGCAAAGACGCAUAUGAUGCAGAGAGCUAGAGAUGCUCAGUCGCUGAGACGCUCAGCCAACCACCACCCCGCCCCCUGCCUCCGCUGCCUGCUACUCUUCCUUCUACUAUGCUUGUGGAGACUGGACUUCUGAACCUUCUGCUUUUGCUGACUCCUAAUCGCCUUAGGUGGGUGUGAACAACAAGAACAAAUCAUGCACAACAGGCAUGUGGAACAAAGGAAGAUCCACAAAUGCAGACCACACUAGAACACAAUUGGAAUAGAUAGGGUAUAUGACACACACAAUGAAAGUUGUUACAAAUUUGAAGAAACAUUAUAUUCCAUCUAGAACCUCCUCCACUUUUACCACACAACAACCUCUAAAUCCCAUAUUUUCUCACUGCAAUCCUCAAAAUCUUGGCGAAACUCAUUUCAUAUCUCUAAUCCAUUCAUCCGAAUCCACCCUUAAGCUCAAAUCCAUCCAUGCCCAAGUCCUCCGCCGCAUCUGCCACAGUGCUGAUUCAAGAAUUACCACCCAGCUUAUCUCCGUCUCUUGUGAGCAUGGCUCCGUCAAUUAUGCCCUCUCAGUUUUCCAAUCUUGUGAUCAGAACUUGUUCCUUUUUAAUGCAAUUAUCAGGGGACUUUGCAAAAAUUCGUGUUUCGAGAGCUCCAUCAGGCAUUUUAAGCUCAUGUUAACACUUAGUGUGCAACCUGACCGGCUAACGCUUCCAUUUGUGCUGAAGUCGGUUAUGGGUUUGGGUAAAAGAGAGUGGGGGGCUGUAGUUCAUUGUGGAAUAUUCAAAAUGGGCCUUGAUUCUGACUUGUUUGUGAGGGUUUCUAUGGUUGACAUGUAUGCCAAAAUUGGGUUGUUGGAUCCUGCCUUGCAGCUGUUCGACGAAAGUCUUGAGAGGAAUAAGGCUGAGAGUGUGCUCUUAUGGAAUGUGGCAAUUAAUGGGUGUUGCAAGGGUGGGAGGGUAAGAAGGGCAGUUGAAUUGUUCGAAUCAAUGCCAGAGAGGAACAUUGGGUCUUGGAAUAGCUUGAUAGAUGGCUUGAUGAGAAAUAGGGAACCCGACAAGGCACUCGAGCUUUUUGAUGGGAUGGAGGAGAAGAACGUGGUUUCAUGGACUACUGUGAUUUAUGGGUUGAUGCACAAUGGGCUUCAUGAGAAGGCUCUUCAGUUGUUCUUUAUGAUGCUGGAUAAAGGUGUCAAGCCAAAUAAUUUGACUGUCGUUUCUGCUCUCUCUGCGUGUGCGAAAAUGGGGGCACUUGAAGCAGGGAUAAAAAUUCAUAAUGACAUGUUGAAUGGUGGGUUCAAGUUGAAUACUGCUGCAGGAAAUGCUUUGUUGGAUAUGUAUGCAAAAUCUGGGGAUGUCGAGUCUGCUAGUCGGGUGUUUAAAGGAAUGAAAGUGAAAGAUAUAUGCACUUGGGGUUCUAUGAUAUGGGGUUUAGCAAUCCAUGGAUGUGUUGAUAAGGCGAUUGAGUGCUUUGAAACAAUGAACUUGUCAGGAAUCAUACCUGAUGAGGCUGCCUUGCUAGCAGUUCUAACUGCUUGCUCACAUGCCGGAAGGGUUGAUCAGGGUCUUAAGAUUUUUAAUAGCAUGAGAGCUAACAAGUACUCAGUGAUGCCCAGCAUGAAACAUUAUGCCGUGAUAGUUGAUCUAUUUGGCAGGGCUGGCCAGCUGGAUGAGGCUUUGAGAUUUAUUGAGAGCAUGCCUAUGGAUCCUGACCACAUUGUAUGGGGGGCGCUUUUUUGUGCUUGCAGGUCUCAUAAGAACAUUGAAAUGGCACAAUUUGCCACAGAUAAACUCCUAAAGCUUGCGCCAAAGCAUCCCGGGAGCUAUGUCUUUCUUUCAAAUGUUUAUGCCGGUGUUGGGAGAUGGAGUGAUGUCGAUAGAAUAAGAACUGUGAUGAAGAGUAAAGAUGUAGGGAAAGAUCCUGGAUGGAGUUCAAUUGAGUUGGAUGGUAAAGUGCACACCUUUAAAGCUGGGGAUCGUGCUCACAGCCUACUAGCACAGGACGAAAUAUAUUCAAAAUUGGAGGGAAUAAUGACUAACUUCUGUUACGAUUAAUGGUUCCUAAUGCACAGCUUUGGUAUGUCAUCAGGGAGUACAUAACCAAUGCGGAGAAUGCACAAUCAAGGGUUGCCGAGAAUAUACCACCUAUUCAAGAAAAUGUCACAGAUCAGAUUAAGCUGUGGGAGUCAGUUCAGAAUCUGAACAGGAUCGAAAGGAUGCCAGGCCAUUUUACGAGGAGUCAUCCUCGAGACUAAACUCCGCUCAUCAAAGCAUCUAUAUUCUUUACCAAAGCCAGUUCGGUAGUGUUGUCUCCUUCAAACCGCGAUACUAUGUUUUUUAAAUGCUAAAAUAGAAGAACCGUGCAGAUUGAAAACUUACAACAAUAAUUCAGUUUUGAAUUCCAAGUGCCCAUAUCACAACAUUUCAACAUUGAGUUUUGUGAAAUAAAAUCAAUGGACACUUAAUAAAUAAGAAGUCUGGCACCUCAUUACCAAAAUACAUCUCCAUCCACAACACCCGUAUGCUCCUCCUUUGUCCCAUCCUCUCACAUGACUUGUUUUAGGUUCAUCCUAAAAUUAAGUUCAUUUUACUAAUUUAAGUAUCACUAACGUUUUGAUUUCGGUUUUGUCCUUUUUUCUUUUAGUUCACCAUUUUCCUCUAUGUGGGGCCCACAUUACUUUUGUUCUUUUUAUGACGCUAAAAUAGUUAAACAACAGAUAUCUCCUUCGUUUAAAAGCACAUGUCAAUCCCAAAUGUAUCCUACAUUAAGAGGCGGGUGGAGGAAUAAUUUACCCAAAGGCUUUACUUUGCAGAACUUUCAGUAUUUUAUGUUCACAGAUCAAUACUUUUUUAAUAUCAUCAAUACAAAACAUGCCAUGUUCUUUCAACUUUUGUUUCGCUUUGUUAUUGGAGUUUACUAUUUUCCCCGUUUACAGGAUGCUUUUGAGUCUGCUACUCUGCUAGUUAUUUUGCUAGAAAAUAUGAGGACUGUUCUGGGAGGACUCGAAGCGAAUGUCUGUUGUUGUAAAGGAAGAAGUUCAUGCUAUCAUGAAAGAUUUUGUUCGUCGAAAGCAAUAUGUUUUUGUUGUGUGUUAAUUUUUAUAAGGGUGUUAGUUAAAUAUUUAGAUGUGCAGUUAAUACUCUUACUAGAACUUGGAUGUAUGUGGACAUAUUUUGGAUUUCUGUCUCUAGAAGAGUUGCAGAAAUCUAAAAUGCAUACAUAUAUUCAUUUAACCUGCUGAAGGAUCAUUGUGGAAACCUGGGAAAAAACUUGCAGUUUUGUUUUUAUGAGUUCUUUAUUUGUGUUCUAGAGGAUUCACAAGUACCUUUAGAUAUCCCAA